CGGGCCGGGCGCGGGGGGCGCAGAACGGGCCGGCCGUGACGGCGGCGGCGCGGGAGCUGCCGAUCGGCGCCGGACAAAGGCGCGGCCGCCCGGCGCCCCGAGCAGCCCGAGCCGGGGCGCACAGCCGAGGCGCAGCCCGCGCCCCCCGCCGCGACUGACAUGAUGUUUCCACAAAGCAGGCAUUCGGGCUCCUCGCACCUACCCCAGCAACUCAAAUUCACCACCUCGGACUCCUGCGACCGCAUCAAAGACGAAUUUCAGCUGCUGCAGGCGCAAUAUCACAGCCUGAAGCUCGAGUGUGACAAGCUGGCCAGCGAGAAGUCGGAGAUGCAGCGUCACUAUGUGAUGUACUACGAGAUGUCUUACGGCUUGAACAUUGAGAUGCACAAGCAGGCUGAGAUCGUCAAGAGGCUGAAUGGGAUUUGUGCCCAGGUCCUGCCCUACCUGUCCCAGGAGCACCAGCAGCAGGUCUUGGGUGCCAUCGAGCGGGCCAAGCAGGUGACGGCUCCUGAGCUGAACUCCAUCAUCCGGCAGCAGCUCCAGGCGCACCAGCUGUCGCAGCUGCAGGCGCUGGCCCUGCCCCUGACGCCCCUGCCCGUGGGGCUGCAGCCGCCCUCGCUGCCGGCCGUGAGCGCAGGCAGCGGCCUGCUGUCGCUGUCGGCGCUGGGCUCGCAGGCGCACCUCUCCAAGGAGGACAAGAACGGGCACGAUGGCGACGCCCACCAGGAGGAUGACGGCGAGAAGUCGGAUUAGCAGGCGUCGGGGACGGGGAGGGUCGGGAGGUGGGGGGACAGAGGGGACACCGAGGCACGGAGAGAAAGGCAUGUUUUAGCGCGAGACACAGCGUAGCUCGGGACUGGCUCCGCUCCACUCCGUAGUGUUUAUUGUGGCCGCCCGCCGGCCCGGGCCCUGCUCUGGGGCCACCUCCUCGCUUUGUUCCUGUCCCCGGUCCCGGCCUCCUCCCUCCUGCUCCCCUGCAGCCCCAAUAGGGGGAUGGGUACCUGCUCGUGACACAGAUGAGGCAAGCUAAGGCCUGGAGGGGCACGUGGGGGAGACCGGGAGACCAGAAAGGAGCAAAACCUAAAGAAAUGCAGCACCCCGGCACUUCCCUGCUCCCCACACGCGUGACCGACAGUCGCCCUGGGCCCCGGCGCGCCUCAGCUCCCGCCCUGGCACUGCAUGCAGACACAAUGCUAGCUGCCCUCCCUGUCCUGGGCACCCGGAGUGUCCUCCCUGGGUCCCAGACCUCUCCCACUCCACCGCCACCUCCCGCCCCGCUCACCGCCUCCGCUAGUUGGACACCCCCCUGCCCACCCGGUCCCCUCCCCUCCCCGCGACAGGCGGGGCAAGCCGGGUGGGGGCAGGUGACCCAGGACUUCUCCUUCUCCCCUUCCCAAAUAAAGAUGAGGGUACUAAAGUUGUCUUGGUUUUUUUUUUUAAUUUUUUUGUUACUUUUUUCUUUUUCCAGUAUACUAGCUUGUCUUUAAAGAAAGGGGAUAUUAAAAAAAAAAAAAAGAAAAAUGUUUAAAAAAAAAAAGCAACAGCCACACCUGUGUCUGUAUAUAGUCAGCUUUUGUUGUGCUCGUUCGUUUGAUCUCUGCAGAGACGUGAACAAUGCUGUAUCGAGGGUGGGCUUAGCUGUGCCUUUCAAAUAAAGAUGGGAGAAGGUUCAGAAA